AUGUCUCUUCUGCUCUACGGAGGCCGCCGUUCGCCACUCGACGCCGUUUUCCGCGAGAUGCGCGACUUGGAACGAGCCAUGGUUAUGCCCUACUGGCAAAACGCCAACUUCUUGGACUUCAACUCGGCUGCUGAUGUUGGCGAGGUCAGUUUCUUCAUUUAAAAUGCAAUUUGGUUGAUUUACCGUGUUGUAGGUGAUCAACGACGACAACAAGUACGGCCUGAAACUGGAUGUGUCGCAUUUCCGUCCCGAGGAGCUCCAGGUCAACAUUGAUGGCCGCAAGUUGACUAUUGAGGGCAAUCACGAGUCCAGAACCGAGCACGGAACUACUCAGAGGUACACUUUUGAAUUUGGAAACGGUGGAAAUUAUGGAUAAAAUCGUAUUCUUCAAUCUAAAUAAACAAAUAUGAUUCCAGGUCCUUCGUCCGGAGCUUCUUCCUGCCUGAAGACGUCGACGUCUCCGCCGUCCGUUCCUCUCUGACCGACGACGGCCAUCUCGCCAUCGAGGCCCCUAAAGCGGCCACUUCUCGCGGCCGAGCCAUUCCGAUCACUCGCAACGCCAACGAAGCCAUCAAGGCCAAGCCGCAGGAGAACGGCGACAAGAAAUAA